UCCAAUCUUCCAACAAAUCAGGAGAUUGACCUGGAACUGGACCAUAUUUUAUGGAUCUCUUUGAGCUUGGAAUUUGAUCGAUGGAGCGGUAGUCGUAAGGAUUUAUGUUGCCCGUCUGUCCGUUGUUCAUGCAACUGAGAACCAUAAUCAAUUCAUAGAAAUAAUCUCAAGAACUUGUUCGUUCGACUUUAGAUGACGGUGGUUCGGAGUCAUAUCUGCAAUUGCAAUCAACAAAGCAAUAGACGAGAGAGAAUCGCUGGUGUCUUCUCUUCUUCUUCAUCUUCUUCUUCUUCUUUGAUUUCUGAUAAUCCGCCGAGUGAAGUGAAGACUGAAAUCGGAGAGCAGAGAUGGCCGGCGGUGGCGGAGAAGGGACGUCGCUGGAGUACACGCCGACGUGGGUGGUCGCCGCCGUCUGCUCCGUCAUCGUUGCCAUUUCUCUGGCCAUGGAGCGCCUCCUCCACUUCCUCGGCAAUUACCUCAAGAGGAAGAAUCAGAAGCCGCUCAAUGAAGCUCUACAGAAAGUAAAAGAAGAAUUGAUGCUUUUAGGGUUUAUUUCGCUUAUGCUCACUGUAUUUCAAGACGUCAUUUCUAAACUGUGCGUUCCUGAGAGUUUGACUCAGAAUUUUCUCCCAUGUGAUCUGAAAGAUAAACCAGCUAAAGGACAUGAUUCAUCCUCUGAUGAAACUGGUUCGUCAACGACAGAGCAUUUUCAGACCUUCGUCGUUUCGAGUAUUUCUGGAAUGGCUAGGCGGCUUCUUGCGGAGGACGAGGAACCGGCUACACAGGCUGGUUACUGUGCCCACAAGAAUAAGGUGCCAUUACUAUCACUCGAAGCGUUGCAUCAUCUACAUAUUUUUAUCUUCAUCCUAGCCAUUGUCCACGUGACAUUUUGCGUUCUCACAAUAGUAGCUGGAGGAUUGAGGAUUCGCCAAUGGAAGCAUUGGGAGGAUUCUAUUGCGGAAGAGAAUUAUGAUGCUGAAAAGGCUUCACCAAAAUUCACCCAUGUCCAUCAACAUGCCUUUAUCAAAGGUCGCUUUUUGGGCAUUGGUAAAGAUUCAGCUCUUCUUGGUUGGUCGCAUGCCUUCCUUAAGCAAUUUUAUGCUUCUAUAACGAAAUCAGACUAUACGACAUUACGCCUCGGUUUCAUUAUGACACACUGCAGGGGGAACCCCAAGUUUAAUUUUCACAAAUACAUGAUACGUGCGCUGGAAGACGAUUUCAAGCAUGUUGUCGGUAUCAGUUGGUAUCUUUGGAUCUUCGUGGUUGUCUUCUUGUUCCUUAACGUUAAUGGUUGGCAUGCAUAUUUCUGGCUAGCAUUCAUUCCUUUCCUUCUUCUGCUUGCUUUGGGAACGAAGCUGGAACAUGUGAUAACCCAACUGGCUCAUGAGGUUGCAGAGAAGCAUGUAGCAAUUGAAGGUGAUCUAGUAGUCCAACCAUCCGACCAUCACUUUUGGUUUCAGGAACCCCGUUUCGCUCUCUUCUUGAUCCACUUUAUACUUUUCCAAAACGCUUUCGAGAUCGGUUUUUUCUUCUGGAUAUGGGUCCAAUAUGGCUUCGACUCGUGCAUCAUGGGACACGUCCGCUAUAUCAUUCCGAGGCUUGUUAUUGGGGUGUUUGUUCAGGUUGUUUGCAGCUACAGCACCCUACCACUCUAUGCCAUUGUCACACAGAUGGGAACUUCUUUCAAGAAGGCAAUCUUUGAUGAAGAUAUACAAGCAGGCCUGGUUGGGUGGGCUCAGAAGGUGAAGAAAAAGAAGGGAUUGAAGGCAGCUGCUGAUGACUCCAGCCCAGGAACAACCAAAGGAGGUUCCACUGUGGGGAUUCAGCUGGGAGAUGUUAUGAGCAAGCCUUCUGCACCAGAAGAAUUUGAGCCUGAUGAUGCCUCCAAAUGAUCUGCCUUGCUAGAGAUUUUAAGAUAAUGUAGCUCAUUUGUAGAGUUGUGUUAUACCGUGACCGCUACACUUACCCCGUCCGGUAGGAGAAUGAGCGAUGUAAUAGGUAAAAAUCGUCGAGACGUUUUGAUAAACUGGAAAAUUUAAUAGGGGAGCGAUCCCAAUCUAUGAGUUGUAUCACGUCUUAUAUUGGUAAUCUAUGUAGACUUUUGUUUUU